CGCGCUUUUGCACCUUCUCGCAGCAAGCCACACACACACUCGCUCAUCCGCCAGCCCCAGCCCAACCUCACCCCCUCGCCUCCACGCCCCACCCCCAGCUUCGAGAUGACGGCCACGCUCGCCGCCUACCCGACCCCGGUCGCGACGCCUCCUCCUGCGGGCGCCCUCAAGACGCGCAAGCAGCCCGCACCGCCGUACCUGCCCAACCGCCACGACUACAAGCCGACGCACCCGUCCCUCUUCCUGAUCGAGUUUGGUCCCGAGGGCGAGGAGUUUGGGAGCUGCCUGCGUGCGGAAAAGGCAUACACCAAGGGCGACAUCCUGUGCCCGAUCCGCGCCACGCUCCCGGGCACCAAGGCCUACUCGUCGGUCCAGGUCCUCCCCGACCCGGCCCUCCCCUCGUCCUCGCGCGCCGCGUCGUCGUACCCCACCUCGUUCUCCGACGCGGCGCCCUCGUCGACCCGGCGCCACAUCGAACUCAACUCGGACCUGCUCUACGUCAACCACUCGUGCGACCCCAACGUCGUGUUUGACGUCAACGGGCGCGAGGCGCACGAGGGCGAGGAGGACGCGAGCGGCAACUGGGAGGGCCGGUGGAGGGUGCGCGCCGAGAAGGACAUUGCCAAGGGCGAGAUCCUCACGUUCGCGUACUUCUCGACCGAGUGGGACAUGGACCAGCCGUUCCACUGCCUGUGCAAGACCGAGCGGUGCCUCGGUACCAUCCAGGGCGCCAAGCACAUCGAGCAGGGCGUCCUCGACGGGUACUUUGUCAACGACCACAUCCUCGCUAUGAAGGCGCUGCAGCGGGAACAGGCGCAGCAGUGAGCGGCGCGAGCGAACGAGCGCACGAGGAGGAGGAAAAAGUCGGGCCCGCCGCGCCGGGUUCCGGCGCACACCAGUCGACAAGAUCUUCAAAGAGUGUAUCGCAAUGCAUCAGUUCCUCAUUCUGC